AUGUCCGCCCCAGGUAACUUCGCCCUCGUCGCCCACGGGCCGAUCUUCAUCGGUACCAUCCUCAAUGUCUGCCUCUACGGCAUUUCCAUCGCUCAAACCUACAUGUACAUGCAAACGUACAAGAAGGAUCGGGUAUGGAUGAAGAUCCUCGUCGGCUUCAUCUUCCUCGCCGACACGCUCAAUGCCGUCUUCGAUGUCGAGUAUACGUAUAGUUCACUGGUAUUGCAUUAUAACGACCCAGAGGCUAUCCAAAAGGCUACUUGGGUAUUCGCCACCGAUCCAGCUCUGACUAGCAUCGUCGGCACCACGGUCCAGCUUUUUUUCGCCUGGCGUGUUAUGGUUCUCACCCGCAGCUAUGUUGCCACUGGUCUACUCGUCGUCGGCUCUAUCAUCUCGUGUCUUGGCGGUAUCGCGACGUCCAUUGCCAUUGGUAUCAUUCCGGAAUGGGAAAUGUUCCAGAAGUUCGAGGUUCCGGUCAUCAUCUGGCUCACCGUAUCUGCGCUCGUUGAUACCUCCAUCACCGGAAUCAUGGUGUGGCAUCUGAGGAAGUCCAAGCGCGGUUUCAAGCACUCAAACGAUAUGCUCGACCGCAUUAUCCGCUUGACCGUCCAGACCGGCCUCAUCACCUCCCUCUGGGCUGUCGUCGAUCUCAUCGUCUUUUUAAGCAUCCCUACCGGUCUCCACCUCAUCUUCAACUUCCCUCUUUCCAAGUUGUACAGCAACUCCCUUCUCAGCAGCUUGAACAGCCGUCAGGGAUGGAAGUUGAACACGGAUUCGGAGGAAGCCACCUCGGCUGCCGCUAUGAACGGAAACACUAGCCGCCGCCCCGCCGAUAUGGUGACGUUUGGCUCGGUUCCAAUGCGCCCCGAGGUCUUUAUUGACGUCGAGUCGCACGAGAUGGUCCAUGUCGAUGACAAGAUGAUCAUGGACAGCGAUAAGACCCUCGUCUCAGGCGCGUCAACGCCUUCCACGGCGUACGGCCCUAACGGCCCUCCGUCGCGCCCGACGCGAGGCCGUCCUGUCUCAAGCUUGAUCAGCAACCCUGCAGCUGCUGCCAUCACGAAGGGUUGA